AUGGAGAGCGGCAGCGACAACAGCGGGCUCCAUAUUCCGUGUCAGCUGGGCCCGCUGCUUCACACAGAGUGCCCACUAAGAUGUGUUCGCUUCCCUGUAGCUAGGAACUUCCUAUUGUCAGAGACCUUACAGGCAGAGGUGGUGGACGUGGAGUACGGCGCUGCUGAUCGCUUGAGGCAGGCCAGCGGAAACGUCAAUCUCACCGGCCGGAUAGCACUGCUGAAACUAGGUCAAGCGCCCCUGCUUUACAAGCUGUCCUUGCUGUCGGUGUGGGGCCUGGGCGGGGCCCUGCUCUACGUGGACCCCUGCGACGCCCCUCCCGACCUGGACGUCCUGCACCAGGCCUUCAGCGUGACGCUGAACCCCGGCGGACACCCUUUGAGCCCGGGAACGCCCAGUGGCUUCCAUCCGUCGAGAGGAGCAGGGGGCAGCCUGACGUCUCUGCUGGUACAGCCAAUCUCUGCCUCCCUGGCAAAGAGACUGCUAUCGUCCCCGACCUCCCCAGAGGGGGGAGGAGCCUGCAUCCCGUUGGCCACGCCUCCACAUUCAGAGAGGAAAAAGGUCAGACUCACCAUUGGAAACCAGUGGACCCACAGCAAGAUUUACAACCUGGUCGGACACCUGCGUGGUAGAAGGAACUCAGAUCGCCAUGUGCUGGUCGGCAGCCAUCAUGACAGCAGUCAGGGGGGCGGGGCCCCAGCCAUUAUGACACAACUCAUCUCUACCAUGAUGGAGCAGGCCAAAGGGGGCUGGGCCCCGGACAGGACCACUGUGUUUUGCUCCUGGGGGGGGGCCUCCCUGGGUCACAUCGGGUCCCUUCAAUGGGGUCAGGAGCACAGGGUGGUCCUACAAAGCAGUGCGGUGUCCUACGUCAGCCUAAACUCUCCAGUCAGAGGGACAGAGAGGCUAAGGGCUACGGCCUCCCCGGCUCUGCUACAGCUCACCUCGGACAUCCAGAGAAGACAGCUGCUGAGCUGCAUGCGUGGUGGGAACUGCCCCGGACCAAACGUCAGCUCCUCGCAGUUGCCAGGAGACGUGAGCUUCUUCGCCAACCAAUUGGCUGUACCCACGGUGGAGUUUGCCUUUGAGCAGAGCAAAGACGAAGAGACCACCACCUAUCUGUCAGAGGUCCAGUUUGCCAUUGAGCCUCCUGAAACCCUUGACCCGCUGUACAAGUUCCAUGAAACCAUCGCCAAGAUGACAGCAGAGGCCAUUUUCCGGCUGGUGAAUGACCCUGUCCUGCCCUUCUACCCGUUGGACGUCGCUCUCGACGUACAGAACAAACUUAAAGCGGUCAGCAUGCCACCCCCUGCCCUGCUGUCCUGGGCCACCUCUCUGCGGGACAGGGCCGCCUUCCUCCAGUCUGAAACCAUGAGGCCGGCCAACGACCCCAAAGAGCGGGAGCCGUCCCACGUGCGCAUGCUCAACGACGUGCUCCGCGACCUGGAGAAGAGCUUUGUGGUGCCGCACGCCCCUCCCGGAGUCUACAGGAACCUCUUAUACAGCCUUCCUGGGAAGACGCCCCAGUUCUCCACGCUCAGGUUCCCCCAGGAGGACGCCGGCCCCGCUGAGGAGACACAGAGGAGAGCGGCUGUUCCUGCUCCUUCGCAACACGGAGCCUGCGACAACCAAUCGCUGUCCCUCAUCCUGGCCGCCGUACGGUCGGCCGAGAUGCUGGUUUGCUUCGGCCUCGGGCUGUUUGACGAUAACAACACUGGGGACGGCAAAUGACGGCACGGCCUUUGGUUUAUUCUUGACAAAAGGUUUUUCAAAGAAUAAUAAUGAAACCCGGAAACAAUUGGAUGGAUCAUCCGUACAGCCCCAAGAUUAAUAUAGGACUAAACUGUGUGAAGGGUCACAGGUGUUCUCUCGAUAAAACAAAGGCUUUUAUUGAUGGUGUUACAUGACAUUAGCUAUCAUUAACUACCCAACAUUUGACUUUUGUCCCUACAAAGCGGUAUGGCCCAACAGCAACAGCCUGUAUGUAAUAAAUCUAAUUGGCUUAAUGCUACUGGGGGCAUGAAAAGACAAUUCAAAUAAUUCAAUGAUUAAUAUGUUGAAACAUUAGAUAAUUUUACCAUGGGAACUGCAACGUGACCCCUAAACCACUAAGGCAGCCCUGCUAAUUCUGAUAAUCCCAAAAAACAGACGUACUGUGUUUCUGACGCCUUUUUUGCAGCGGGAAGAAAAGGCUACAUAUAGAGCAUUCGGUAAUCAGGACAAAGGAGAAAAGUGAUCCUUUCGUUGCUUGAGUAGGCAUAAAGCGAGGUGAAGACACAAGUGAGGAAGAAUUUAAAUUCUGUUUACACAGGCGAAUUGGUAAGCAUUGCAUUACACGCCACAGCCCCAGCUGGCUCCAUUUUAUUAUUUCUUCCGCACUGUUGGGCAAUUUCUCCCUCUUCAUUUCCACUUAUAUCUCACUCUUACCUCCACCAUCUCAUGCUGGAUUUGUAUUUGUCCUGCUGCAUGUCUGGCUUUGUGUUUGCGCUUGUGAAGGCGGCUUUAUUCAUCACACCCCAAUACAAAACGCCCCUACCCCUCAUUUGCUCCGUUUUUAUUGUGAUUCUGUGGGGGAUAUAAUCUGUGGUUUUCCUUUUCUGCAGAAUCACGAUAAGCUUCACUUACUUAUCGUCCCUUCGAAUGAGAAUAGCUUGUUUUUUUUAAGUAUUUAUUUUAACUGAUGUGUUAUUAUCUUUGUUGAAUGACCAAAAGCAACUAAUUUCCUUUGGAACGUGUGUGAACGAGUGGUUUCGGUUCACUGUGAUUAAAACUGAUAUAAUAGAUUUUCUUCCAGAAUGAAAUGUAAUGGUUUGCACUGAAGCGGCCUCUGUGAUUCCUUCAAAUCAGAUUUCAAUAGGUGGACAAUUCUUCAGCACUAUCAAAUAAUUGUCACUUUUCAGAUAUCAUUUAUGGCUUAUUUUAAUCCUUUUGAUAGUGAAUGUUUUGAUAUUCAACAAGACCGAAAUGGAGGUCCCCUAAUUUGACGUACCUUGGUUCAACCAUCCAAAACAUAAAUGUAAACCACACCAAAUAAUGUGUACAGUGUGUCAUGGUUACGGAAUUUUACUCUUACAUGGCCACCAACUCCGAAAGGUAGUAUAUAGAUGUAGUUGUCUAGACCUUUUUUCACACUUUUUACUUUUCAAAAGUGUGAAGGAGAGAAUGUUGUUAGUAAAGACAUUGCGUGUUUUUAUACUACUUUGCAUGGCAGUCAAUUUUUUUAAGGCAUCAAACCAAUUGUACAGUAUCCCCUUAUGUUAUGAAUGUAUUUAUUGCCUUAACAUAAACGUCAUUCUUCGCGUUGUCAAUAAUCAUUUCAAGGUGAUUUUUAAUCCCAUUGUCUAUAGUUAAUAGUAUCAUGUUUUUUUUCUUACCUAUUACAUUGAUAGUAGUAGUAGUUAGUAGUAUAGUAUUAACUGUGUUUCAAUCUUAAGCAAACAUAAGAUUAAUUUGUGUAACAGGUGUAGCUUGAAUUAACAUUCUGAGACAGAAAGCUGUUGAAGGAUGUUGAAAAGCCCAACUAAAUGAAAUUUUGCAUAUGUUGCGUGCCUUUCUUAGAAUAAUGUUAGCAAUACAAGCAUGUAGAAAAGAAAAGUAAGGAUGUGCACUUCAAUCACAAACCACCAUUGCAUUACGCAUCACAACAUUGUAAGUAGCACCAUAACAAGACAAUCAAUGUACAUUACUGCAAAGCGAUUGUUUGAGCAAAACAUGUUGUGUGGGUUAAAGGCCAGCAAAAGGGUGUCACAUUUCCUAUAUUUUCUUUAAAACCAUACUUUAUUUAUUAAAUCAUUAAAAUUGACCCUCACUAACCUCCAUCUUAGACCGUGCCAUUAGAACUGUGACGUACAAUAGCUAUUAUUGUCGGCUCAUAUUAUUUAGGUUUUAGGCUAUUUUGCUUAUGGUGGUUUGUUGAUAUUACAAACAAACCAUGUGACUCAAGCCACCCUAUAUUUGAUAGAUGUGUGACCUCUAUGUCAGCGCACAAGGUCAUACUCAGAAAAUAAAGAAUGAAAAAAAUAGGACAUUAUACAACCUUUAAGAUGGUCCUAGGAAGACAGAGUGUCUCUGUCGUCCACUAGUUCACAGCAAUAAAACAGAAUAUUGUGGGAUUGAUAAUUCGUACUUCAAACUCAAUCCAUAAACAUUGUCAGCUGGACUAACGUAAUAGUUAUUAUAGCCCACAUUCACCAGCCUCCACUUACUGCACCUUUUAAUGAGCCAUCCUUCACCUUUGUAUUUGUAGAAACUUGAAACAUGAUGCUUUUUACAAUUCUGUCAAAUAAAUUACGUUUUUUCAAGUG